AUGGAUGUUGAUGUUGAACCAAAAAUAAAUCUUUCUCAUAAAGAGAUUCGAGUACUUUUACUUCACGAAUUUCGUUUGGGCCCCAAAACAACGGAAGCAGCCAACAACAUAUGCAGCACAAUGAACCAGAGUUUAGUCUCCGCUCGUACCGCGCAACGUGAAUAUGGAUCCUUUAAAGCCGCUUAUCGAAGAAGAUCCUCGAUUGACUUUACGGGUAUUAAAGGAGUUGUUCAUUGGGAACUUCUACCAAAUGGUUACACCAUCACUACUGAUCCGUACUGUCAACAAUUAGAUCGGGUAGCGGAAAAACUCAAGGGAAAUCAGGAUCGAGUUUAUUUUUUACACGGUAACGCAACACCACAUAUUGCGAAGUCGACCCGUGAAAACUUAUUAAAGCUUGGCUGGAUCACCGUUCCUCAUCCACCUUAUUCUCCAGACUUGGCUUCAACAGACUACCAUUUGUUUCGUUCUCUUUCGAAUGAUCUACGUGAUAAACAGUUCAAGGACGAGAGCGACGUCAAAACGGAACUUGUCAAGUUGUACUUUUGA